AUGGGCGGUAAAUCUUUCGCGAAACCAGCCUCCAGGCUUACCACCGCCGAGCUUGACAAACUUACCUCUUUAUGCCAGCUUUCCCUCGCGGCCAUCUUCUCCCGAAUCGAGCGGCUUCGCUGCAUCACCUCCAAAUCCUCACAUGGUGAUCUCGACCUCCUCUGCUCGUUCGACGAGCCGGACAUCCGCAUCGGGUCGGCGGAAGUUGGCGUGACCUCCAUCGAGGCGGGUAAAGAGGCGCCAGGGGAGGAAGGGAAUGUCGUGCGGGUGCGGCGGUUCUGCGAUACUGUCAGUGCUGCACUCGGGGCGGACGGAUGGGUGCUCGCAUUCUACGGGUACCCUAUCAUCGCGCUGCAGGUCCCGCAUACGGUCACUAGCCCUUCAGGCGAGAUCGAAGAGGCAUUUUGGCAAGUCGACAUAGCACUCGUCCACCCCGACAUGCUUGAUGCCUACCUCGUCACCUGCUCCUACAACAUCGUCUUUGCCCUCCUCGUCCUCGCCUGCCAAGCCUUAUCCCCUUCCCUAUGGUUCAAGCGCAAAUCGCUCUGCCUCCGCCAUCGACCCUUCUCCGGGCAUCCCAUCAUCCAAAUCACCCUCAUCGACGACCAGGACGAGCUAUGGGAAUGGCUCGGUCUGGACAUGGCGGUGUGGCACGCUGGAUUUGACAACUACGUGGCGAUCUAUCGGUGGAUCACGACCAAUCCUGCCGGAUCGGCACUGGUGGAUGCGUGGAAUAGGGUGGCGGCGGGAACGAUGGACGGGGUGCGGAUCGAGUACAAGCGCUUCCACACCCGCAUCGACGGCGUUCCCGAGUUUAUCGCUUGGCUAAAGGCGAACCGGGUCGUGUCGCCUUCGGAUAGGUCAGCCCACGGGCCGAUCACUUCUCCUCGUCGCAACUCAAGUGCGUUGGACUCUGGGCAGGAGCUGCCCCUCGACGAUAUCGUCAUUCCCCUUCUCAAGCGGAGCGGCCAACUCAAGAGCUACUCCGCUCAAGUCGAGCCCAUUUGGGCGAAUGUAUUACGCAUCGUGGCGAACACCGAGAAGAGGAAGGCGAACAAGGAGAAGGCGAAACGGGACGAGGAGGCGGCGCGGGCGAAGCGAGCUGCCCUCGCGGCUGAGGCUAAGAAGGGCAGUAGUGGCAGCUCCGCCGAGCUUGCCAAAGGGGCGUCGAAUCUGAAGGUGGACGGUGGAGGGUAG